GUGUUAAAAUGGUUUCCAGAUGUGGUGGAUAGUAGACUGCAUAACCGUUGUUCUCUGCUCUCACAGAGUCUCUGGAUUGAGAGAACGACCCUGAUCCUCUCCCGUCCUCUCCCCGGGAUCUCCCGCUGGGCCGAGGUGGAAAGAAGAGAAGUGAUGGAGGUGAGCCCUCUGGAGAAUGCCAUUUAUGUGGUGGAGAAUAAAACCCAGGAGCUUCGGACUCUGAUAAGCCAGUACCAACACAGACAACAUCAUGGCAACAUCAACCCGCUCAGCAUGUGCCUAAAUGGGGUCAUAGAUGCUGCUGUGAACGGAGGCAUCGCCAGAUAUCAGGAGGCCUUCUUUGAUAAGGACUACAUCAGCAGUCACCCUGAAGAUACAGAGAGGAUCACUCAUCUAAAGGAUCUGAUGCAGGAACAGGUGCACAUUCUGGGAGUGGGGCUGGCUGUUCACGAGAAGCUGGUGCAUCCAGAGAUGCGUCCUCUGCACAAAAAGCUGGUAGAUCAGUUCCACAUGAUGAGGACAGGUUUACACCAUGGUGUGCCUGGCGUGGAUCGGUUUGGCGCUGCAGGCUGCCCGGGGGUUAACUCUCCCAGAGGCAUCCUCUCCUCCCACAGCCACAUGAGCCCUGAGAGCGUCCGCCUCAUACACAGACACAGCCCUCUGAGCCUCCAGGGAUCGAUCCGCCACUCGUCCUCCUCUCUGUCCUCUCACACAUCGAGUGAGGCAGGAGGAAACCUUGUCCUAAUGAACGAUGGCAUGAUGGGAGAGCACUCUGAGGAUGCGUUACACAUGCAGCCAAGCCCCUCCUCCUCCAGCCUGAGCUCAAUCCGCUCCAAUUCUUCCCAGAUUAUUAACUCUGCUCCCUCGAGUGCCAGAGGAUCCCCAUCCUUGCCCGAUAAGGCCAAACACAACCGGGAGGUGAUGAUCCUGUUGCCGUCUCAUCGUGAGAGGACCAGCAACAUGUACUACAACAUGGCAGAGAAUGGACAGAACAACCACAUGCAGCGGGCUUUACUUCAGCAAAUUAGCCCCUGCAAGCCGUGUGCUGAUCCUCACAUGAAUCUGCCAGAGAAAGUCUUUCCCAACACUCCCGGCAGCUGGAGUCUGGACGGGGAGAACAGGGAGCCGGUGUCCUACAUGCCGACUUCUACUGGAGGGGUCAUCAUGCCACCCGUGCCCCCCAGGUCCUUCCCCCCAGGACACUUCCUGAUGCACUGUGAUGCGUUUCACCACCAGAACAGCGACCCCCCCCCUGCCCUGCCCAUCCGUUCACUUCGGAAGUCUCCUCUCCACCCGAUCCCCGGCUCCCCCACCAGUCCUCAGUCAGCUCUGGGGGGUAGUAACUCCACUCUGUCAGGCAGCGCCAGCAGCGGGGUUUCCUCUCUGAGUGAGAGUAACUUUGGAGGCCAAUAUCCGGACCCCGGCCCUAUCAGGAACGACGCCUUGGAGCCUCUUCCCAGUCACCUGUGGUCCCCCCCUGAUGAGUACCUGGCCUCUCCCUACCUGCACAUUCACUACGGCGGACCAGAGAUUGAGUCCGUGGACCCUGUCCGCCCUUUCCACUACCGCAGCCCUUCAUCACACCCGCACAACCACCAGCACCCUCACACUCACGCCCACCCGGGACUGGACAGCCACUCCCACGGGCCCCCGCCCCACCACCACGCUCCCACUCACGGCCCCCACCACAUCCCUUACCGCAGGCCUCAGCCUCCAGCCGUGCCGCCCAAACCCUACCUGAGAGAGGGCUGCAUCCCAGAGGAGGACCUGCCGCCUCAGCCCAUCCCGCUGCCCCGAAGGAUCUUCCACUCCCCGCACGGCCACCGUGAAGACCAGGGGAAACACCCCUGGGAGCAGUGCAUCAGCGAGGAGCACGAGGAGGCCCAGUGAUGACGAGGGUCCGCUAUACUUCAGUUAGAGCUUUCUUCUUCCCUUCAUUUGCACUGAGUUAAAGGCAGUUACAGGGAGAUUCCUAAGUGAAGCGGUGAUUUGUGUUCAGAUGACAUUUCUCGCUUUAAUUUCAGUGCACAUGAAGGAAAGAAAAGAGGGGAUGAACCUCCACAAAUCUACAGCACGAGGCUCUGUCACUGCUCCGUGUGGCCUCUUAGAUAUAAUUAAAAGAAAUGUAUCUGUUAAACAAAAGACAGAUUGACUUUGUUCAGAAAUUGAUAUUGAUUGUACAAAAUUGUACAACUUGUCUGUGAGCAUGUUUUUUCAUUUGAGAAUAAUAAGACAACAGUUUUGUGAAAAAUGACGACCAUGAUCAUAACCAACAUGAUCCCAGGUGCAGUUUGAGCUCUGAACUCCCUUAAUUUAGCUUUUUCAUGGCAUUUUCACAACACGAGGAAACACCCGAAGGUUAUAAUUCAAAGGGAAGGGACUUCUCUGCUUUAAAUGCUUCAUAUAUAUGAAUUCUUAUUUUGAUAAUAAAUACAUAUUACAUUAUAGUGUUUUCAAAGGCUUAUGUCCAUAAUGUUUUUCGAAACACUGUUAAGUGCUCCUUAAUAGUGUAUCAUAUCAAAUGUCGCACUCUGACACAGGUUGCUGUCAGGCUUUCAUGAAUCGCUAGUCUCUAAGACUGGCCCGGCAUCUCAAGGGACACGAACUUCAGUCACUGACAAUUUCCCAUCCGUACCUUGGCGUACGGAAACCUCCGUGAAUGUAUUCAGACGAGAUGUUCUUUUUGUAUUGCACAAGCUGCAAUGCUAUUUUUGUUUAAGUGCUUUAAGUUCAGUCUAUGUUGAAGAAGUCUCUAUUUGUCUCUUUUGUGUGACAAAGAUAUCUGGAGAGGAAGGAGAGGGGAAACUGAGGACAUUGACAGACAGGUUCCAAACUAGUCAUGUUCCCCAGAUGGAGAACUCUCCACAUCUCAA